GGCCAAGAGGAGGGGGUGAGGAGUCAGUACAGUAGCACAGGCUGCAUGGUAGUGAGUGCCUUGGUGCUGGGACUGAGAAGCAGCAGUGCUGAAAUCAUAUGCCAACUAGAACUGCUCAGCCUGGACAAUGUUUCAUUGAAGGUUUUUAGAGGCUCUGCAGAGCAGACUGUGCAUUUUCUAACUUGCUGGGCUGGGAUCUCAACUAGAACAAAGAAGUUUCUCUUAUUCUGCUACGCCUUUCUCAUUGGGACAUCCCUGCAAGGGUGGAUUAUAUGGAUAAAGAGUUGGACAUAGAAAGAUGCAGGACAGAAAGUCAGCCUCCAGGUGUAGAACAUUUGAUAAGCCAAAUGCAAUGUUGUACAGCAAAGCUUGAAACUUGAACACACAAUGCUGGAGGAGAUGUUCAUUUUGAAAGUAUGCAAGGUAUUGCCAACCAGGUCUCAACAGAGAUGCCAGAUAAAACACCAGAGGGUACAGAAACCACAUCGCAGAAUGAAGAUGAGUACCACUUGUCUCUUGAUCCAUCUGUAACAGAACCUCCAAGCCCUCGAACAGUAGAGACAGAUCCGCACAGGACAGACAGACAUUUCCGCUACUGUGGAAUCAGAAACAUGGAGCUGUCAGACAGUGACAGACCUGUCAGCUUUGGCUCAACUUCCUCAUCGGCCUCUUCCCGGGACAGUCACUGUUCAUUUGGAAGUCGGAUGACCUUAGCAUCAAAUAGUCACUUGGGUUUGUUUCAUCAGGAUAAGGAAGCUGGGGCCAUAAAACUAGAACUAGUUCCUUCCCAGCUGUUGUCAAGUGAUGACCUUCGGAUAAGCUGCAAUCGGGAACAGGCUCAUGAUAGUCCAAGGGAAAAAUCUUCUGAUGAGCGACGGACUAUGUCAUGGAAAGAGUCCAAAGGGAGUGUCAAAAACUGUUCUAAAUCUGAAGGGGUAGAACCAACAAGUCCAAAGCUUAUGUAUGUUGACAGAGUGGUCCAAGAAAUUCUUCAGACUGAAAGGACUUAUGUACAAGACUUGAAAAGCAUUGUUGAGGAUUACCUUAACAUUAUAUGUGAUCAAAGAAGGCUUUCGCUGGGGACAGAAGACCGAUCUGCACUGUUUGGAAAUAUAAGGGAUAUCUACCACUUCAACAGUGAACUUCUUCAAGACUUGGAAAAUUGUGACAAUGAUCCUGUUGCAAUAGCUGAAUGCUUUGUGUCAAAGAGUGAAGAAUUUCAUAUUUACACACAGUAUUGCACAAACUACCCAAGGUCUGUGGCUGUAUUAACAGAAUGCAUGAGAAACAAGAUCCUUGCAAAGUUCUUCAGAGAAAGACAGGAGGUCCUCCAGCACUCGCUUCCACUAGGGUCCUACCUUUUGAAACCUGUUCAGAGGAUCCUUAAGUACCACUUGCUGCUGCAUGAGAUAUCCAACCACCUGGACAAGGAUACAGAUGGAUAUGAUGUUGUACUUGAUGCCAUAGACACAAUGCAGCGAGUUGCAUGGCACAUCAAUGACAUGAAAAGGAAACAUGAGCAUGACAUCCGGCUACAGGAGAUUCAGAGCCUACUGACGAAUUGGGAAGGGCCAGACUUGACAAGUUAUGGGGAGUUAGUCUUAGAGGGAACAUUUCGCUUUCAACGAGCCAAGAACGAGCGCACUUUGUUUCUGUUUGACAGACUUCUCCUCAUCACAAAGAAGAGAGACGACACUUACACAUACAAAGCCCAUAUCCUUUGUUGCAACCUUAUGCUGGUGGAAGUGAUUCCAAAAGAGCCCCUCAGUUUCAGUGUGUUUCACUACAAGAGCCCCAAGCUUCAGCAUACUGUACAGGCCAAGUCUCAACAGGAAAAACGACUCUGGAUUUUGCAUUUGAAAAGGCUGAUAUUGGAGAAUCACCCUGCUAAAAUACCAGCCAAGGCAAAGCAAGCUAUUCUGGAAAUGGAUGCAAUACAUCACCCUGGCUUCUCCUAUGGUGCAGAGGUGGAGAAGAAAGCCACUACAAAUUUGAAAGAAGACUCCAUUUCAAGUAGAGUCAGAAGAAAGUCUGAACCAUCCUCAAGCCUGCAUAAAGUAAUGAAUCAAAAUGAUAUGAGCCCUGACGUUCAGAAGCGCAUCAGUGUGCAGGGCAGUCUGCAGUGUCAGGCUGCCAAACAGGGGUCAAGGGAGCUUCUUCUGAAAUCUGGCCUGCGAAAAGGUGCCAGUGUGAGUGACAGCCAAGAGUUCUUCCGGCAAAACUAUAAAAGUGAAAAUCUGUGUCGAAGGCCAACAGGACAGACUGAUGCUGAUGAUGAAGAGGAAAGUGAACAGAAUAUGCAACAUAGUUCUCAACAGAAGGCAAAAAGUGGAAGAAAACGAUUAAACAGUCAGGCCUCCGAGAAUGUUGAGAAGCGUAGAAGUAUUAACCUCAGCCUAUGUGACAGUCAGAGUUCCAAAGACCAAUCAGAUGAAGAGACUUUGCAACUGAGUGCUGACCAUCGGUAUUCAACAUCUCCUCUUCCCACAAACAUAGAACAGGGUAUUUCACAGACAAAUUCUUUGAUUAUGAAUAUUCUUGGAGGAGCUGGUGCACUACAGAACAUCUGGACGGAUCACCAGAUUAGACAGGCCCUCUUUCCGCUUAGGCGAUCACCUCAAGUCAAUGAUGAAAAUGAUGAUGACUAUCAGAUGUUUAUGAUGAAUGAAUGCUCCAAAUUGGAAUCAAGGUCACCAGAGGAAAGAGGUGCAUCCAGUAGACCAUGUAGCUGGCACUUGGGUCUAAUGCAAGAAGACGGUGCAAGCAAUUCAUACUGCAAAGUUGUCAGAAGAGCAAGUAGUGUAGGAGAGAAUAAAACACAUUUGCGUCACUCAAGAAGCCGACAAAAUAACAGCAAAUACCAUUGUGAGGUUUUAAAAAAAUUUGAGCCAAAUUCUAAAUUCUCUUCUCUUGGUUCAUCCGAGGAGUUGACUAUUGAUGACAUUGAACAUGUUUAUGAUAACAUCAGCUAUGAUGAUCUCAAACAGAUGGGAAGGAGAGAUGACUCAGAUUUCCUGAUUAACCCAGUAAGUGAUACUUUGCAUCAAAGCAAUGACAAUAUUAACCUUCAGUCAUUAAAAGGACCUGAAAGGAACACCUCUGCUUCAGUGCCAAACAAAGAAAAGGUGAUGCUUAAAAGGGGGACAUCUCAUUCAAGCUCCCAAGAGCUCAGAAUAAUAGAAGAGAACAUCUAUGAUUCUAUAUGUAUACAAAAACAAUCACUGGAACAAAAAAGGAAAAGUCAACAGUCCAAGAGGAAUAGCUUUAUGGGCUUAGAUGGAGAAUUUCAGUGUUUUGAUGCCACAGAUAAUUUUGUGUCUGAAGAUAGCUUACAGUUUAGUGAGGAUGAAUCCUCAGACCAUCGUGUUCCAGAAGGAGAUGAGUAUUUUACCCAGUUUCAAACUUCUUCUUCAAAGUUGGAUUCGGUUGCCCACAAAGCUGCAGCAGACAGGCUAUCAGAAGAAGUAGAUCAAAUCUGGAAUGAUUUGGAAAACUACAUAAAAAAGAACGAAGAAAAGAAAAAUGAACGCUUGUUGGCCUCCUUUCCUGUGAGCAAAGAAGAUGUGCGUGAAAAGAAACAUAUACAAAACAGGUCUCGUUACAGCAAAGAAUAUUCUUUAUCAUCACUGUGCUUACUAGACAGUUCACCUUUGCCGAGGGCAGUAGUAAGUAGGAGUCCCAGUGUCCAUAAUGACCGGAGUCCUCCAGCCUCUCCUAGUAAUUCGGUAUUUAGCUUAAAAAGGACUUCUCUGACUAGUGAGAUGAGUUUUGUGGAGUCACCCUACUAUUCAUCUCAGAGCACUCUAAACUUCUCUGAUAAAAUGAGUGUUGCGAGUGCUGCUCAGGGAUUAGAUAGUGCUGAAAAAUCUAAAAAAAAAGUCUUUACAAUGGCAAAAGAAUACAGCCAGAAAAUCAGAAAAGCCAAUCAGCUUUUAAAAAUGAAAAGCCCAGAGCAGGAGCAACCAUCUUGCAAAUCACAAAAGCUAAAGGAGAAAGACCUUGCAGCUAUAAUGGAAGAAAAGAAACAAGGCGGUACAGCGAUCGGUGCAAGAAUUGCAGAAUAUUCUCAGCUUUAUGACCAGAUUCUAUUUCGCGAUUCACCUGCAAGAGCAAAAAAAGAAGCUAGAGACUGCACAAAAGACUCGCCUGUGGUUAAAUCUCAGGAACGCUUAUCCCCUCAACCUCCUACUAAAUGUUCACCAACAGCCAAUAUAAUUUCCCCUUUUACCAGGGGAAAACAAACAAAUCUAGCAGCCACCUGCUCUGUACCAUCUUUGAACAAGUCAAAUCCUUCAAGCCUACAUACGCAGAGGUGGAGCACAUUUAGCCAAAGGAAUGAUGAAAAUACAAGCCAGGAUCAUGGCUAUAAUUCAUUAGGGAGAAGAGUAUGCGAAAAUGUCCGUCCAUAUAUUCGUUCACAGUCGUCCUCUUCCAUGUUGCUCCACAGGACAAAAGAGCCUAUUAAAUAUGCAAAACAUUCUACUAUGCCACAGACACGGCAUGACUCAAAACCUGAGAGAAUGUCUGAAAUUUAUGACUUUGGUGGCAGCUCUAUUGAGGAGAAAGGACCACAAGAGGAGAACUCAGAUUUGACACUGCAAGACUCUCAGAAGAUCCUAGUGUUGAACACAUUGUCUUCAUUAAAUGCACAAAUUGCUACUUUAAACUAUUUUGCAAACUUUAAAGACACUGAAGGUGAUGGAGAUGAUGAUGACUAUGUGGAAAUAAAGUCAGAUGAUGAUGAAGAUGGCUUGGAAGCUUCCUCCAACCAGCCAGUAAAGCUGAACAUACAUGAUCAACAACCUCAAAGCCCGUUCUCCAGCACACCGUAUUCAUUCAGCAUGCCCAGCACACCAGUUAAGACUAUAAAUGACAAGGAAAGCCAUGAUUCCCACAUAACAGGUUACGAUGAUGUAGAUAAACUUAAAGACUAUCUUUGGAGGCCUCCAUCCUCCAACCAGCAGAACAUUGUUCAGUCACUUAGAGAAAAGUUUCAGUGUCUCAGCUCCAGCAGUUUUGCGUAAAGUUUUUGUUUAACGAUUUCUAGCUAAACUACUGUGGUUAACUGUAUUAUAGCAUAGUAACCCGAUGCACUGUAUAACUGCAGCACUGUUCAUUCUAAAUGUCUGUUGCAUAUCCUUGUUUACAUAAGGCAGCAAUGCCUACUUUGUGUUUUUGUGGUUAAAACCAGCUCCUUAAAUAUAUAAAAUGUGCUUUUUUCUCGUUUUAUAGGAAACUAUUCCUAAUGGGCAGUAUGAUUUAUGCAAUGUGCACACUUAUUCAAGUGCCCCAGUUGCAGAAUGAUUGCUACGCAGUAUACUAUAGACUUGACCUAGUUGUUGGCCUGCUCCCUACCAGGUAGCGAAAAAAUGCUUUAAACCAUUCUCAAUAAGCAUAUAAUGUAAAAAAAGUUAACCAGUGGCUUACUGGUAAAGCAAAUCCAAUAAUUCCAAACUUUAGGUUCUGUUGGCUCUAUGCUUUGCAAACGACUCAAAUCACAUAACUGCUAUGUAAGUUACAGGUGUACCCGAUAAAGGGAUACACACAGAGCUCAAAACCUGAACGCUUGAAUGUAGUAGCUUCAUCAUCCAAUAGAGAAAUACAUGUCUGUCUACUUUGAACAAGGUUAGGCAAGCAACUUUAGGUGCAUAGAUUUCAUAAUCCAAAAAUGUGUUGAACCAAUUAAAGUGACUUUGUAUCUUCACAACACCACUAGUAAAAAAUAUAAAAGCCUUAUGAAGUAAGGAAGCUUGAACAUAUUCUGUAGUUGGUCUUUUUAACACGUGCCUGUUUACACAUAUAAGCCUAACUCCAGCCAAAAAGUUUGUUUUAUAUAUAGUGAGAACCACUUCAGUUUGUGACCCUACUAUGGAGAUUUCCCUCAGUUCCUGUCCUUGUCAUGUCCAUACAAAGAAUGAGGUGAGAGGGCGAUGACCCAAUUCAUCAGAUGGUUGUCAGCCCAAAAGUUAAAGGGGAAAAAAUGUGGCUAGAGCUGAGCUUUAAAGGAGUCAAACAUAUAUGGUUUGCAAAAUAUAGUGACUCCUAGCAACCGCUUUUAAGUUACAAUUUCCUGUGUCGUCACCAAGAAUAUUUUUAAAGAUAGGAGUUAUCAUUUUUUUCCAUUCUAUAUCAGGCUUUUGUUUUUAUCCCUGUUGGGGAGAUCCCUUUACUUCCUCUGUGUUCACCAGGACAAGAAUUCAGGUGAAAUAACCACAACAUUGACACAGGUGGCAAUAAAAACUUGACAAAGGGUAUAAACCUUCCCCACUCUAACCAAAGCCAAAACAUUUGUUUUGGCUGGUGAUGGGCUUUAACAUUUGUCGUCUAUCUAUGCACCUUUAGUAGCGCACAGCAAGCCAAACCUGGAUUUCCAAUUCAUGUAAUUAAAAAUGUGACCCUUAAAGGUGAUUAAAGUUUAUUUUUUAUUUUUAA